CCGAGCCUUUUUGCUACCGCAGCAGCCAGCCAGCCACUCCCUGUGUCGUUGGUCUCGUUGCCCAUCUCUUUCCGCCCAUCUCCCUCGAUUCCCUCCCUACAAGCAGCAUGGAUGCUUCCCCGGAAGACAUUCUGCAGCGAUUGAGAGAGCGCGAUACGCAGAUGUGCGUUCUCCUUCAACGGACCGAUCUCCUGAAUCGUGUUCAUCGUGGAGCAAUCAGCGAGCUACCACCUUCGCCAGAGGGAAAGGGUAGUCGUGAUUCUUUGAAGGCGCACCUGGCCGUGAUUUAUGGAUGCCAGGACCAGGCAGAAACCGUACUCAACGAGGCUGUCCCGCUGCCGCAGCCGCCGCCAUCAUCUUCGCCUGUGGCGUCUACACCUGAUGCCUACACCAAAGCCAUAAGGUCUCUCCUUUCCACGCCCAAAGCCAACACUGCUGCUACUGCUCGCUCCACGAGAACGCCCUCAAACUCGACAGGAUACCCCUUUGUACAAUCCGGCGGGCCCCCUUCCGUCCGCCGUCCCGACCGAGGAGACGGUGGCAGAAACAGCGGCAGUGCGGUGACAUACCGCAUGUUCCUCGAACACUUGACGCGCUCGGAGAGCAAGGGGUUCGUGGAAGCUAUCCGGCUCUUCCUCUUCAGCAUCCUUGGGAAUGGCGGCGCCGUCAACCCCGCCGCCGGCCGGCCGCAGGCGUCGAGCAACAGUGACAUCCGGCGGGAGACGGAAGAGGUGGAGGUCUACGGCUCGUCGUUUCUUUCGCAGAGGUGCGCCGAGUUUUUCUUGGCGAUGCAGAACGCCAUGGGGGUACACACGUCGUGGGCUGAGCUCGGUUAUGACAGCCUCGUCGCGUGCCGAGAGCACCUUGAAAGGUUCGUCAUGUCCAAGAUCCACCCGCUGGCGUUCGGCAGCAAGCUUGACGGAGCCGUGGAUGCUUCCAUCUCCGCCCGCCUGCAGUCGUUACAGUUCCUCACCCCGCACCACCUGAACGUCAGCGUGUACGCUCGCGAGGAAACCGUGUUAACCUUGGCACAGGAGGAAUUGCGCAAAAUGGGUCGCGGGCGGUGCCCCGGAGACAUCGUGUCACGCGUGGUGCGUUGCUGCGAUACCCUCUUCGCCCUAAUCUAUCAGGGCCGUCGCUCCAAGCAAGGGGUCGGACGUGGUGGAGGUGGAGGUGGAGGAGGAGGAGGAGGAGGAGGAGGAGACAUGUAUGUUUCAUCCUGGCGGCCCGAGCAUGAUCCCGCCGGCACCGCGGAUGACUUCUUGCCGGUAUUGAUUUACGUGGUGCUACGGGCGAGAGUGCCGAGGCUUCACUCCAUGUGCGAGUACGUCCAGGCGUUUCACAGCCCCGUGGCGCUCAUGUCUAGGCCGGGGUACUGCUUCGUCGCCCUUAGGAGUGCGGUGGAGUUCCUUAUGACCCUCAACGGAGCUGCGGUGGGCAUGUCCGAGCAAGAUUUCCGGAGACGCGCCUUGGAUGCGGCGAUCGGGGUAGAUGCCAGCUCGUAGGCUACCGCUGGCGCCAAUGAAAACCAGCACAUUGACAAAUCAAAUCGUGUUCACGCAUUUCGAGGCCCGCGACAAAGGCGUCCUGCGAUUUGGUCUUUAGGGAAGGAAUGCGCAUUGAUGUGUGGCUAAAGCGAAGGGGAGGGAGGGGGGGAGCACUCGUGUCUUGCAACGCCUUUGUUGUUAGCCCAUUGACGGCGCGUCCUCGAGAGGACGGAAGGAGCAUUGUUCCAACAGGACCGAUCGCCGAUGGUCGUGUGGGGACAAUGCGAACAGGGAGGGGGAGUUUUUGUCUAGAAUAGAAGUAUGAUGUAGGAGGACAUGAAUAAACGCAUAUCUCGAAUCCAAGCGGUGCGGAUAUUAAGCCCCUUAUGAGGAGGGAGGUCUAUGCGGGUUGUUGUAUGUGAUGGAGGUGGCCUGUAGCACUGCUGCCCCAACUCACGAAUGG